UUCCGAUUUGUGUAAAUAACUAAAUACUGUGAGAAAUAAUUUGAACAAUUGUAGAAUUGAAGGAGGAAGCAGCGUUCGAUGGGUCGACCGCCGAGCAACGGCGGUCCCGCUUUCCGGUUUAACGCCGUCGAGGUAGGGGAAAUGGAGGCUAUCUUGCAAGCCCACAAUUACGCUGUACCUGUACGUGAAAUACUCGAGGCCCUCGCUCAGAGAUUUAGCGCUGCAGCUGACAGAGCAGGAAAGGUGGAAGUUUCGUCAAAACAAGUAUGGAACUGGUUUCAGAAUCGGCGAUAUGCUCUCAGAGCAAGAGGGACGAGGACACCUGUCCCAGGUGAGAUGAAUGUAAUUCCUACACUGCCACGAGAAGAUCAACCGACAGCUGUCAGAAAUGUGCCUCAGCCUCCGCCACCUCAGCUUGCUCCCUCAACAUAUUCUCACCCAGCGGCGGUGAAAAGUGUGGCUCAAGUCCCUCAUCCUCUUCCCGUUCCAUCUGUUCAAAGUGCAGUAAGGAAUGCUUCGGAUAGUUCUCAGAUGGAGUUUGAGGCUAAAUCUGCUAGAGACGGUGCAUGGUAUGAUGUUACUUCGUUCCUGUCACACAGAUCAUUAGACACUGGUGAUCCGGAAGCUCUGGUUCGUUUUGCCGGUUUUGGACCAGAAGAGGACGAAUGGGUCAAUAUUCGCAAACACGUGAGGCAAAGAUCACUCCCAUGUGAAUCUUCAGAAUGUGUAGCAGUUCUACCUACAGAUUUGAUCCUAUGCUUUCAGGAAGGCAAAGAGCAAGCCCUAUAUUUCGAUGCACAUGUUCUUGAUGCACAAAGGCGUAGGCACGAUGUAAGAGGCUGUCGUUGUAGGUUUCUUGUCCGGUACGAUCAUGAUCAAUCCGAGGAAAUAGUCCCGUUGAGGAAGAUUUGCCGUAGGCCCGAAACGGAUUACAGGUUGCAGCAACUUCAUGCGGGGUCAACGAAUGCGAUCCCACAGAAGAUUGGAGUGGAAUCUCAAGGUGGGAAUACGUUGAAAGUUAAUUCUACCGCAGGAGAUUCUUCACCACUAGUAAAACAGCAGCAGAUAAAGCCAGAGGAAGCAAUGACGAAUAAUGCUGCCGCUCCUGCUAAUAUUCCGAAUUCGGGCGAAUCUAAAUUAAUACCUUCGAUAAUUAACUCCGAAAUGUUGCUGAGCUAGCGAGUUUUCGAAUUGGUUACGUUAACUUUUGGAAGAACUUAUGUUUUUUUUUUUUUUUCUUUUUCCCUUUGAUUUGGUAGAAUAGAAAUAGGGGGAUGUAUUGGAUGAAGUUUUGUUCUAUGAUUAAUGUGAUAUAUUUUAGGUCUG